UUUUCAAGAUUCAAAUAAAUAUAUUAAAAGUCUCACUUUCAAAGAAACUUCUGCAUUGAGGAGUGGUCUUUUCUAUCAUUAUAAAACAACAAAAACAAUAACAAUGACACAAGUUUUGAAGUUACUAAGGAAGGAAACCAACUCUUGCUAAUUUAUACAGAAUCUAUGGAGAUAUUGAAAAGUUGAAUAGAGUAUUUAAUUAGGACUAUAUAGUUAUAGUUUUUGGUUUUUCAAUAUUGUUUCCUUCUCCCUUUCCUCUUGAGUUUUGUGUAUAAAAAUGGCAGGCAUGCUUCCUGGGGUUGAAUGUGCUAGAAGAAGGAGGUUUCAUCAAAGUAGUGGAUGGUUAGAUUCAUCUCAUACCUUUGGCUUUUCAUCCACAAGAAGGUCUUCUUUUUGUCUAUACACUAGUAGCCAUGAAUACCCUCUCAACUCAAGCUCUUCUAAGCAAAGGAGUGCAACAAGCCAAGCAUACCAAGAUGAGAAACUAGGUGAAGCUGCUAGAGAAGCCAGGCAAAGGUUGGAUGAGAGGCUUAGUGCAAGAUGGAAAUCAAAAAAUAAGAGGAGUGUCAAUAAUGGACAACAAAACCAAAGGCAAGGAAUGGUGGAGAAUAGGCCAAAUUUGGUUGUGGAUAAUUUGCAACAAGAAGUGUUUUCUGGACUAAAGAAGAGUGGAUCAAAGAAGUUCAAUUGGGCAAAGAUGAUUUGGAAAUCUUCAGAACAAGAUGAAUGUGCUAUUUGCUUGGACCAAUUUAAGGUUGGUGAUAACCUAAUGCAAUUGCAAUGUGCCCAUAGGUUCCAUUCCAAGUGUUUGGUUCCAUGGCUAGAGUCUAAUGCACAUUGCCCAUGUUGUAGAAUGGCAAUUUUGGCCCGUACUACUCCAUAAUUAUGAGAAAUGAGAAAUUGAAAUGAAAUUGCAUCUGUCUCUUUCACCUUGUAUAGAUGCCCAAGAAAUGUACAAAAUAGACAAUAGGUUUCUUGUAAUUAAGCCUAUUGACUAUUUGGUUUUUCAAGAAACCUUGUAUGUGGAAAAAAAUUGUUACAAUAACAUACUCACUGUAGUCUCAGAAGUAA